AGAAGCUGGAACGUGAACCAUCCAGACUUAUAUCCUCCAACCCAUAUUUGGCUCUGAGAUCAAACCAGAAUUUUCCCGCCACUCCCAGUGAGUUUCUUCCUCUAGACACAUUCUCUCAACACUUGCCUUUGAUAUUUUGUCUCUCUGUAUAGAAAAAAAGGGAAAGCUAUUAGCUAUGGUGGUCUGAAAUGGGAAGCGAGUGACUAGGAAUGGAAACCACCAAGCAAAGAAGACUUAGAGUUCGGAAACCACUCUCCGACUGUACCAACACUCUCAAUUCCACUUCUCAGUCUUCUUCUUCUUCUUCAUCUUCCUCCUUCGCUCUUGUCAAACGCCAAAACCCCAAUCUCUCCUCUGCUCUCAAAAGGCUUCUCUCCCACACCAACCCCAACUCCCAGUCCACCACCACCGCAACCGCUAAAUCCGCCGACCGAAACGACGUUGUUCCUAAACCUAGCUCCACUCUCUUGCCUCCGGUUGCUGCUCCCACUACUCCGCGGCCUCUCAGAUCGUCCUCCUCUGCUUCUGAUGAUCGUAAGGUUUCUGAGCCUUGUUCAGUUUACACUCGAAGACACACUGCAGAAAAAAGGAAAAGUAAAGGGAAGACGAUUGCUGAGCCUUCUACUUGUAUACCUACACUAAAGACUCGGAAAAUUGGGGAAGAAAUAAAGGAAGAUGGAGGUGACGGUCUGUCCAAGGCACGCACAGUUCCUCGUAAAAAGUGGUUUUACUGCAGAAGCAGCGGCAGAUACCGUCCGAGAAAGAUGUUGCCAUGCAUGCCUUGCCACGAGAUUUUAUCGAGCAGCAGAGAGCUUACUUUGCCGAGAUCGAUGCAUUUGAAUUGCCAGAGGAGGAGGUUGAGUCAGUUGAGGAGUUAGAUUAACUGGAGAAAGAUGUAAUAUAAAGCAUUUACGGUGAGCAAUUAACUCAAUCUAACUGAUCAAUGUUCGAUAGUGUAAACUCGACUAACUCAAGUAAUUGGCACCCUUCUACAAUUACUUCAAUACAAGUCCUUGAUAAUCCUCUGGUAACAACCUUUUGCUCACCAAGUUAUUGUUCUUGUAUAGUCAUACUCAUGGCAAUAACGUUUUGUAGCCUGCAGUUUAUUCCAUAGAAUUGAUGUCCUUGCAAAUCUGAAUGGCUGAAUCCAAUUAUGUUUUUCAUUUGAUCCGGAAUCAAGAGAGCUGUAAGCAUAGGAUAUGCACUAGAGCUUAAGAAUUUGGAUUCGUUUCAAGCCUCAUGUAUUCAAUUGAAAUAUGAGUAAAAACCUCAAUUCAUUAUUUACUAUUUUAAAAUGA